UUUUAAACAAGAAUAAGAUCCCUUCUUUUCCGUAUUUCGCUUUUUUUUUUGUAACUUACAGCUCUAUUCAUAUACAAAAGUUUCAUUAUACAGAAGAUUAGAUCUAUUAAAGAAAAGCAUAAGAACCAGGCUAGAACGAACUUAUUUGACCAUACCAAGUGGCGAGACUGCUAUGAACCAGGUCAUUUUGAAAAGCGUUACUACAAAUGCAAGUAUUACAAAGCCGUAAAUGCUGAUGAUGGUAAGCAAUAAACCUAAAUCUAUCUUACACACAGCACUUAAUUGCUUGUGAGUAACCUCCUUAAAGCUGGU